GAAUUAUAGUUGAGUAUGGUUUCCUCUUCAUCUUGUCAGCUUUGGGACGCUUUGCCUUUGGCCACAACAAGCACCUCAAGUCAAUUGCUGCUGCAUAUUGGAAACCACAAUCCAGUUCUCUUCUGAAUUCCUUGCCCUCUUUGUCUCAUAUUAAAGGUAGUGUUGUUUCAUCUCAAAUUGGUCCACUUUUGAGAGUGACCAAUGAUAACUCAUUGGUUGUUCGAGAAGGAAGAGUCUCCACCAGCAGCCCCCUUGCGAGUUCUGGAAUUAUGCAUGGAUCUCCAUUGUCUGACGAUUCAUCUCAGCAUUCUGAUUCUGGAAUAUUAAAUGAUGGUGUGAGCAAUGGUGGUGUUAACCUUUCAACACCAAAACCCCUGGACAAUGCAAUGUAUUCUCAGUGUGUAUUGGCUAUGUGUACCUUAGCGAAGGACCCAUCUCCACGCAUUGCAAGCCUUGGUCGGCAGGUAUUGGCCAUUAUAGGAAUUGAACAAGUGGUGGCAAAACCUGUAAAGUCCAGUAAUAACAGUGUUCGACCUGGUGAAUCCAUUACAGCAUCUCCUGGAUUAGCUCGAUCUUCUUCGUGGUUUGAUAUGAAUGGAGGUCAUUUGCCUUUAACAUUCCGAACUCCUCCUGUCAGCCCUCCUCGGCCAAAUUACUUGACUGGAAUGCGGAGAGUUUAUUCUUUAGAGUUCAGGCCUCAUCUAAUGAGUCCAGAUUCUGGAUUAGCCGAUCCGCUUUUAGGUUCUGGGGGAACUUCUGGCGCCUCAGAACGCAGUGUUCCUCCACAAUCAACAAUCUACAAUUGGAGUUGUGGGCACUUCUCCAAGCCACUUCUCAUUGCCGCAGAUGACAGUAAAGAAAUAUUAACCAGAAGAGAGGAGAGAGAAAAAUUUGCCUUGGAGCACAUUGCUAAAUGCCAGCACUCGUCUGUUAGCAAACUUAACAAUCAAAUUGCUAGCUGGGACACAAAAUUUGAGACGGGUACAAAAACAAUCUUGCUGGAACCAUUUUCUCCUAUUGUAAUUGCAGCAGACGAGAAUGAACGAAUCAGGGUAUGGAAUUACCAAGAGGCUAAGGAGGCUACCCUUCUCAACAGCUUUGAUAACCAUGAUUUUCCUGACAAAGGAAUCUCCAAGCUCUGCCUUGUGAAUGAGCUUGAUGACAGCUUGCUUCUUGCUGCUUCAAGUGAUGGAAACAUUCGAAUUUGGAAAGAUUAUACUUUGAAAGGUAGACAGAAGCUUGUUACUGCAUUUUCCUCAAUUCAAGGUCAUAAACCUGGUGUGCGAAGUUUGAAUGCUGUUGUGGAUUGGCAACAGCAAUCAGGAUAUCUGUAUGCUUCUGGUGAGAUAUCGUCCAUUAUGCUUUGGGAUCUGGAUAAAGAGCAGCUUGUGAAUUCUAUUCCUUCUUCAUCAGAUUGUAGCAUCUCAGCGCUGUCUGCUUCUCAAGUUCAUGGGGGACAACUUGCAGCUGGUUUUGUAGACGGUUCUGUUAGACUCUAUGAUGUGCGAACUCCUGAAAUGCUUGUCUGUGCAACGCGACCACACACUCAGAAGGUUGAAAGAGUUGUGGGGAUUGGCUUUCAGCCUGGGCUUGAUCCUGCUAAGAUUGUAAGUGCAUCUCAGGCAGGUGACAUUCAGUUCCUUGAUAUCAGAAAUGACAGGGAGGCCUACCUGACAAUUGAAGCUCACAGGGGUUCACUGACAGCUUUAGCUGUUCAUAGACAUGCCCCCAUCAUUGCCAGUGGAUCAGCCAAACAACUCAUAAAAGUCUUUAGUUUGGAGGGCGAACAAUUAGGCACCAUAAGAUACUACCCUUCCUUUAUGGCCCAAAAGAUCGGUCCUGUCAGUUGCUUAGCCUUCCAUCCCUAUGAAGUGCUGCUUGCUGCUGGUGCUGCAGAUGCUUGCGCAUCCAUCUAUGCUGACGACAACUCUCAAGCUAGAUGAGAAUGCUAGUUAUUUCCUCAUUGAUUCGAUAAGGGUUUCUUUCAUAUUGGAAGGCAGUGCAAGUGGAUGGACUUCAAAUGCAAUCUUGCUGUUGCAGAUCAUUCGGUGCAUCUGCUUCAUUGUGUGAUAAUAUAUUCCGCUGCCCAAUUCCUUUUCGGUGUCAAUGGGCGGGUGGGUCUGGAAGCUUUGGUAGGGUGCUGUCUACUGACGAUGCUGUAUGCUAUGAUAUUCAUUAGCCUCAGGUGUAGAUGGUCACAAUUGUGGGGAAUAAUUUCCUGCAUAUUUAUUCGGGGCUCUGGAAAAUAAUCUGUUAUAUAGGGUAAAUGCGUGUAAAUAAACUUCCCUUUUUCUGUUUUUUUAUAUAGUUCCUCAUUUUGGUGUGUUCAUUUUUAUUCCCAUCCCCUUGUUCAAUUUGUAAGAGCAACACAGUUUAAUGGUCAUAAUCUUAGUGUUGCAAGACAUGGGGAUUAAACAGACUCGCGAUUGCGCAUCUUGUAAUCUGUUGAAUUUGUGAGUCGCUUUGCCGUUUAAUUAACCAUCAUGUAACUUGUAAUUAAUUCAUCAAUUUGUUUGAGUUGGCAUCUCCUCUU